AUGGGGAAGCGGGCGCAGGCGGGAGCCCUGGCAGCGAAGCCAGGGGCUCCCGCGGUCAAGCGCAGCCGGCGGGGCGCCAGCGAGGACCCGGGGCCUGCGUCGGUGAAGCGGAGGAAGGCGCGGGAGUCUGUUGAGGAUGACGCGGGCGCUGACGUGGCGCACCGGGACGAGAGCCCGCACGACGAGUUCGGCGGGUCGGGCGAGGAGGAGAGCAUGGAGGUCGCGGGGGAGCGGGGGGCGUCGGGGAGCGACCAGGAGGGCGACAGCGCCAGCGGCGACGAGGGCGACGGGGGCGAGGACGGGUCGGGGUCCGACGGCAGCGACGACGAGGGGGGCUUCCUGUCGGGGAACAAGGGCGUGUCGUUCGCCAAGGCCUUCCACAAGGUCAUGGAGGAGGCGGACAAGCGCAUCGCCAAAGUGAGGGAAACAGCGCAAGGGGGCGGCGCAGCUCCGAUCCUCGCAGGCAGCAAGUCGCUCGCUCGCGCGCAGCAGGGCGAGAAGGAGGCGCUCGAGAAGGCCCGGCAGCUGCGCGCCGAGCGGCUGCAGAUGAAGCAGCGGGGCCACGAGCGCGUGCCGCGGAAGGGCGCGGACCCCGAGCACGACUCUCGUGAGAAGGCGCUCAGCAAACUGGCCACCAAGGGCGUCGUGCGGCUGUUCAACGCGAUCGCCAAGGCGCAGCGGGCAGCGCCGGCCGAGGCCGCCGCGAAGAAGGCCACGCGGUCGUCGUUCUUCAAGGAGCUGCGCGAUCAGAAGAGCGAGCGCAUGAUGGCGGGCGUGAAGCCCGCGAUGGUUGCGCGGGCGGGGGCGGCGGAGCAGGUGGUGGACGACGAGGGCAACGCGGUCGGGUGGGACGUGCUGCAGGAGGGCGGGGAGAUGCCAGGCAUGGUGGCGGGGCGGAAGAUGAAGGACUGGGACGCGUCCGGGCCGUCGAAGGGCAAGCGGUCGAAGGAGAAGGCGGAGGUGAAGGACACGCUGGAGAGCCUGAGCGAGGACUCGAGCGACGACGACGACGAGGAUGCCGGCGGAUGGUGA